GUUUUAGGCACGACCCAGUCAGUUCAAGCUUCCGACAGUUUGCUAUUUCGCCAUUUCCACAGCCGAGUUAGCUCUCCUGCAUCGGGGAAUAUCGUCGUGGCGCCUUGAAAGGUCGAGAGGUGAUACAGGGCCCUGGUUGGUUCCCACUCGGUACCUCAGCAGCAGCAUUAACGAAAGUAACCACGCCGACCAACGUCGGCCAACAUCUCCCUCCCGGUCCUGCGCCGCAACCCAGGAUUCCCGUUACAGCUGCCUCCGGUAAUCGCAGCCGCAAUUCCCCGUCCUUAAGGCGGGCGACACACCCUGACAUGGUUCAUCAUGCCGUCCUCUAAAGAUCGCGAUGUCGAUGUUGUCGACGAUCGCCCGCGCGACAAGCCACACCGAUCCAAAUCCGAGCGCAAAGACAGAGGAGAACGCGACCGAGAGAGGGAUAAGGAUCGAGACAGAGAAAGAGAACGGGACAAGGACCGGAGAAGAGACAAGGACAGAGACAGAGACAGAGAUAGAGACAGGGACAGAGAUAGGGACCGCGAUAGCGACCGGGACAAGGACUCGCUCUUGUCGUCCGCCCUCCGCUAUCAGCACCUUUCCCACCGCUCCUCACGAUCUUCCAAGCUGAGGCCGACCGACAGCGAUUCGCACUCUCGAUCUCACCGACGACACAGGACGAGGGACAUGGACAAGGAUGAGUUGGAUGACAAGUCGGUGGCCUCCAGGUCCAUGGUGGACCUGGUGCCGGAGCUAGGGAGGGGCAUGGGGAGCGAGCGAGGGAGUACCCCGUACCCGCAACUCAGUAAGGAACACAGCAAGGAGGCCCCCCACAGCAAGGAAGACCUCCCCUCGUCUGGUCCCCGGCGGUCCGACCCGCUCACACCAGAUACCACGGAUCUUGGCGGCAGCGAGAUGCGCCGUUCCAAGUCGGUCGGCUCGCCUCCCAUUGCCCGGAAGGCCUCAACAGCACGGCAGGAAACCCGCCAGGAUGACCGCCCGCCAUCACCCCCCGAGACCGACUUAUCAGGCCAAAGAAAGAGGCCCGAGACGCCAGUAUCGGUGAAGGAAGCAGACGCUCCGGAUACAACGCCCUCGUCCAGGGGGGGCUCCUGGGUUUCGAGGUCGACGUCCAAGCAUGAACCCAAGUCGAGAAUUUCGAAGGUGUCGAGCCAGGCAACCUUCGUUAUGCGGCCGGCCCCCUCGGUCAGGGUCCCUCACCAUGAAGACCCUACAGCACCAACGUCGGAGAUAACCGACGCAUCGACCGUUGAGCCAGGCUCUACUUCAACAGCCCUCCCACGGCGUAACGGGUCCAUAGCUCGACCGGCGCCCACUGAGAUGGCCGACUACUCGCCCGAAUCAGUAAUAGAUGUCUCCCCGAGGACUCCAACGCACACACCACCCCAAUUCCCACCGCCACCACCUAUGAUGCCGGAAGAGAAGCAUCACUACUCAACAUCCGACGUUCCCACGCCUUCGGCGACCCCGUUUAUGCCAGGCCCUCCUCCUCCCCCUCCGCCCCCGCCCCCGCCUCCUGCGCUCAACCUCCAAGAAGUGCCACGAGUAGACUAUCUCAUGCAAAACGGUGGCCUGCCACAACCAGUUCCCAGGACUUUCCUGUCCGUCCUACCGCGGCAAAACGGUACGCGGCCGUCCAACCCGCCACUCCAGGGUGCCGAUACGCUCUUCGCGCCGUUCGUGAACCUCCUCAACCAAUACCAGACAGUACUUUCGGGCCACGGUUCUAUCGCCGUGGCUACCGGGCAUAGGACCGUCGCCCGGCGACUGCUGGACCGGCUAGAGAACGUCUUCUCUCGCGACCUCUCUCCGGACGGUUGCCCCUGUCUCAUGUGUGAGAAGUCGGCUCUGCCUCGCAGGGGACUGGGAUGGGGAGAGGUGCUCGAGCGCGUUAGCGGGAGAGUAGAAUUACCGCCGUGGCCGCCGUUCGACUUCUCCCUGCUAAGCACAAAGGCGGUUGAGGACCUAGCGGAUGUGCCGCCCCGGCCGUCAUCACCGGUCAAGAUGGAUCCGGACAUUGCCGAGGAAUUUAGGGAACAUUACCUCCGCCAGACGAAACGGGUCCGGGCAGCAGUCGACAGGUGGAUGACGGGCUGCGAGAAGACAGCCGCGCCGCCACCGCAGGACGUUGACGACGAGACGCUCGCCUUCGCUAUUCUCACCAACCUUGAGCAAGAAGACCGGCCCUAUUUCAACGCCCUCCUCGCAGGCGCGCGGGAGGUACAAACUGCCGUGCGCGCCCCGACCCCGGUCCGCCGACCCCGCAACGACUUCAUCGUCAAGUCCGGGCUGUCGCUGCAGAGACUGUACCGCCUCCACCAGACGCCCCGCGACGCGGAAACGGCCGUGUUCCUCGUCAAGUACCAGACCGUCCACGACCUCCUCUACACCAUCUCCGACAUCAGCGUCUCCGAGUGGGAGAUCCUCACGUCGGGCCGCUUCGACGGCUUCCUCUGGUCGGGCGCCGAAGACGACGGCAUCGGCGUCGGCGAGAGCGUCUCGCGCAUGGCCACCCCGGCCAGCGGCAUCUUCCCGCCGCCCUCGCGCAUGAUGAGCCCCGCGGGGCGGCCGCUGUCGCGCACCACCACGCCCUUCGGCUCCUUCUCGCGCGGGCCCACGCCCGCCUCCUUCAUCAGCGGCGUUUCCGCCGCAUCAUCCAGCUACCCGUCCCCGCGCGGUGCUGGCGGCGCCGUCACGCACGACGAGGAGGUCGAGGUGGCGACGCUGGCGGAGCUCGAGCGCGAGAUCUUCAGCGGCAUGGAGGCGCUCGAGGACGCCUUCGAGAAGCUGCACGACCGCGCCAUGGCCCGCCGCGGCGGCGCCAUCGGGCCCGGCGGCCGCGGCAUCGACGUCCUCCCGCUUUCGGGGUCGAGUGGCGUGUAUGACCGCCCUGCUUGGGCGGAUGAGGAGAGCGUGGAUGGUGCGGAUAGCGAGUGGGGCGGGGAUGAUAUUAGUGAGUUGGCGCCGGAUGACUCGGCUAGUCAGGUUAGUAGUAAUAGGUUGAGGAGGCCGAAGAGGCGGCGGGAGAGGGCUACGCCGGCGCCGAUUGAGGAGGAGGAUGAGCAGUGAGUAGUGAACGGGGAGAUGGGGGUGGGUCGUUGGAGAGGGAUCGAAGGGAGUGUGCUAGAUGGG